AGUCAACAUAUUUGCAGCUGCUAAUCCAUCCAUCCAGACCCUCAAGCCUUCUCGAUGACAAUCCUUUGUUCCUUUUCCUGGCUUCUCUGGGAACAGAGGUGUCUUGGUUUUCAGCUUGGCCCUGUCUGUUCCCAGAGUCCCAACAUUCUGUGCACAAAGGAGUGGGGUUAAUAAUGAAGCAUUUUUGCAACUAGGCUCAGGCAAUGAGCAAAGAAAACAGAAGUUGACCUUGGCUGUUUCCAUGUCUGUCCACUGGCAGAGGAGGCGUGAGCUCCAUGGGGUGAGAGUCAGGCUAGGAACUGGAGCCAGUGACUGGGCUAGGACGGGAUUACAGAUCUGGUGCGUGGAGGUUUCUUGUUAUAGAGCAAAAGGGGAGAAGCUGUGAUGUGCUGUGUCCCAGAAAGGCUGUGACAAAGGUGGAACGGGGAUCCUGGUGCCUCUCCCCAAGGAAACCUCAACGCAUCUCCUCUGGGACAGGAGCAGCAACUUUCAUACUAGCCGUUAAAGGCAACUUUAGGUUCAUAAAUUCACAGUUUCAAAGGCUCUAAGGCCAGCCCUGAUCAUCUAGUCUGACCUUCUGCAUAACACGGGCCCUUCGACUUCCCCAAAAGAAUUCCUCUUUCACCAUGGUCCCAAGUGUCUUCACCUGGGGCUGGGUCUAGUCAUGGGGGUAGAGCUCAGUGAUCGAGUGUUUGACUGCACAUUAAGUGGUCCUUGGUUCAGCUCAAAGUGCCCCCUUUGAAGCCUUUGUUAAUAAGCAGCAAAUUUCAAACAAAUAAAAGGAAGUAUUCUUUCCACACAACACACUGUUAAUCUGUGGAUCUCUUUGCUGGAGGAUGUUGUGAAGGCCAAGAUUAUAAGAGGAUUCAAAAAUGAACUAGAUAAAUUCAUGGAGGAUAAGUCCAUCAAUGGCUGUUAGCCAAGAUGGGAAGGGAUGGUGUCCCUAGCCUCUGUUUGCCAGAAGCCAGGAGUGAACAACAGGAACUUGAUGAUUCUCUGUUCAUUCCCUCUGGGGCACCUGGCACUGGCCGCUGUCGGAAGACAGGCUACAGGGCUAGAUGGACCUUUCGUUUGACCCAGUGUGGCCAGUCUUUUGUUGCUUAUGUUCUUGGUUGUAUGAACCAGUCCUGGCUAUUAGAGGAGCAGAUGGCUUCAAAAGACCACUCUCCUGGAUCUGGGAAUCCUGGGCACACAAAUUCCCUUCCUUAAGAGUAGGACAGAAAAACCCAUUUCCUCCUUCUUUCUAUUCCAGGCUUUGUUCCUUUUUUCAAAGACUCACCUCUCGGGAGCACAGAGAGAGCCAUGUGCACACCGUGGUCGUCCAGCCUGCAGCCAUGGAGGCAUGCUCUGCCAUCAGCCAGCAAGAACAGGCCUUGCCAGAGAAGCCCACGAGAAGCAAAUGCUCGUGGAAGAUCCUAUCAGGCAUGAAAAGACUCUGUGUCUGUAGCCAAUCUGACAACUCGAUGGCAGAUAGCGAUGAGGAGAGAACAGUUUCCUCUCCAAGAAGGUGGACGUGCUUUUCCCUGGAGAAGGAGAAGAAGGAGAAGAAGAAGAAGAAGAAAGCAGCCAAGAACCAGGUGGAGUCAGAGGAGGAGAAGCUGCAGGAGAAGCAAGACAAAGUUGAACUGGAUCUUACAGGGACGAAGAAGGAGCCGUCGGAGACGAAGGAGAAGUGGGAAAAAGGGAGCCCAGAAGAGCAGGAAGAAGAGCGCGCUCCCAUCUCCUCAUUAACGAGCAUCUCCCCUAUGACGAUGACCCUCGGGGAGCACCCUUCCUCAGCCCCGCUCCACGCCCUGCUGAUGACAGCCGUGCAGGGUCUGACAACACCCACCCUGCAGAGAUUUAGAGCCGCAGAGGAAGAGCUGAGGGCCAUCGUAUCUCUCCACGGAGACAAGAUGGAGAGAGUUGGAGACGUCGUGGGAGGGAUCUUAAUCUGGCUCGACAACGUUUGUGAUCCCAGAGCCAGAAAAGCAGCGCUGAGGGCCACGGCCUUGCUGGCUCGCUCCCACCCCCAGGACGUGGUUCUAACCUGUGUGGCUCACACGCUCUCAUCGCACAGAUGUGCCCUUGAGCUGUGGAAGGCCUUGGGUGAAGAACCCCAGCUCACCAGGGAGGUGCUGCGGCAGCUGCUGGACAAGCUCCAGCAGAGACGCCGGGAGGAGAAGGGUGGCCAUGUGUCUCUGGCUGCCAUGAAGACCAUUUACGAGGUCCUUUUCCUUUGGGGAUACCGAGAAGCCAUCCUGGAAAUGUAUCCCCAGCUGCUCAUCCUCUGCGUCAGGCAAGUGCAGUAUGUGAUGGAUCUGCACUUGCCAGGGACCUACAUGGCCAGCGAGACAUCCAGCCCCGAGGAGGGAUCCAGCUGCCUCAGCCCCCUAAGCACGUCAGUGGAGGCUGUGAAGACUCUUUUCUCCAUGCCCGGCUACUGGAAGGAAUUUGCCAUCAUCCAGUUUCAGCAGGGCUGGGACACGAUAGCCUCCCGAUAUUACUACUCACAGGGUGUUGGCCUGAUUGCAAGAGCCAUGAUCGAGUGUGAGAACCCUCAGCUCCCUGCAGUUUUCAGAGAGGCACUCACCAUCGUCCAGAGUGAGAGGGAGGAGGAGCAGAGAACGAUCGCCAUGGCUUUCUGUAUUGAGUUUCUCCAGAGUCCUUCCAUUGAGACAGUGCUGACAAAAUCAGAGCUCCGGGCGCAGCUCAUGGAAUGGAGCAAAGACACAAAUCCCGUCAUACGUAAGCUCAGUCUGCGAGGCCUUGGCAGUAUUGUGUUCCAGCCAGAAAAGGUGAGAUGGUUACAGGCCCAGCUGCCAGGAACCGUGGCCAGGUUUUGUGACCGGGAUGGAGGGUGUGUCAAGGAGGCCAUGCAGAAAGCUGGAGACAUCAUCUACCUCCUCAAGAGGGAGGGGCUUGGCUCCAUCUCCCAGGACAUUGCAGUCAGCCUUCGCCCCUUCAUUGAUGACGAGAGGGGCAGUGUGCGCUCAGCUGCCAUUUCACUGCUUGGCAACGUGGUGAGCAGGGUGCAGGACCCGGACAAACCCCUCGUGCAGCAGGAAAUCAUCCACUGCUUGCUCCCGCUGCUGCUGCAUCUUGCAGACCAGGAGGAGAGUGUGACACUGCGAUGUAAACUGACGCUCUUCCGCUGCGCAGUGUUUCUCGGCUGGGCUCAUCUGAAGAGGCUGUUCCGCAGCAUGGCCUGGGAUGGCUCCUCACAGCUCUUGAAGUGUGUCGGGAAGUGCUUGAUGCAGAACAACAAGAGCCACAUCCCCAAAUUCCUGUUCCAGGCCCUAGAGUACCUGGAAAGCUCCCAGACAACAAUACGACACUCUGCAGCCUUGUUCAUUGGAAAUACUAUCCGCCAUUACUACAAUUUGUUGUCUGAAACAGUGAAUGAAGAUGGCAUCUCCCGCCUGUAUGAAGCUUUUCAGGAAGUACCUUUGAAAUCUGACAGGACCACGUGGGACAUCCUCAACAGACAUUAUAAAUGGUUGCAGAAGCUUGUAAAUCUCGUGUCGGGUUCUGCGUUUGACUAGGGAACCGGGACCGACACAGAAGAGCUCUUUGUCCUGCUAUGACAUCUGGAGGCCAACAGGAGCCAACUGAGCCCACCACUGAUCCCAUCUCUUGUGAGAUGGCAAAGCAGCUGUUGCAUGGGAAGGAGGAGACAGAAGAGGCCGAGCAGCGUGUGCCGGGGUGUACCAACCCCACACAACCCCACAGUCUAGGCGGAGGAAGCCAAGCCCCUCCUCAGCCCUGCUGGACACACUAGAACUGGAGCACCAGUGUGAAAGGGAGCAGCUCAGCUCACGCCAGGCAGAGCGCCGACAAUGGACGAUGCACAUUGUAGGCUCCAGUCCAGAAGCAGCUGAAGCCCCUGCCUGCAGAGCCCCGAGGCGCCGAGACCCAGCCGCACCCCCGGGGGCCUGCAGACGUGCAAGGGAGAUCGGAGUGACUGGGAGUUUCCCACGCCGGGAGCCCAGAGACCCCCAGCCCGUGGCCUAGAGACUUCUCCUCUGAAGUAACCUGGGUGAACGAGCCAUUGUCAUGCUGAGUGACGUCAGCAUGUUCUGGUUGGAUCCCCACUGACUCAACGGCAAACACAUUGGCCACGGACAAGGCCCUGGGCUAGGGCAAGGGGGAGUAAGGAGAGUCUGGGUCCCCCUGCCCUGGCUGCCAUCCAUCCUCGGGUGGCUGCCCACGUCCCCAUUGCGCCACUAGACUGCACGGCCCCAAGAGGAGGGGCAACCAUCUUGUCUCUGAACUCUUAGCCAAACAGCCCUGCGCUGAAGGGCAGCCACACGGACUCUGGUCAUUGGGCCACACAGCCCUGGAUGGAGAGGACAGCCGCACGGACUCUGGUCGCUGGGCCACACAGCCCGGACGGAGAGGGCGGCCUCACGGACUCUGGUCAUUGGGCCACACAGCCCCGGACGGAGAGGGCGGCCGCAUGGACUCUGGCCGUUGGGCCACACAGCCCCGACGGAGAGGGCGGCUGCACGGACUCUGGUCGCUGGGCCACACAGCCCCGACGGAGA